AUGGCUCGGAUCUCAUCAAGUGUCCAAUCCAGCAGUCCAAAAGUUGACCAAACAUUUGGAGAAGUGAACCAGCUUGGUGGAGUUUUCGUGAACGGAAGACCGUUACCAAACGCCAUAAGGAUGCGCAUUGUGGAGUUGGCGCAGCUAGGCGUAAGGCCCUGUGACAUUAGCAGACAGCUUCGAGUUUCCCAUGGAUGUGUUAGCAAAAUUCUAGCUCGUUAUAACGAGACGGGUUCGAUACUCCCUGGUGCCAUUGGUGGAAGCAAGCCACGCGUUACGACGCCAAAUGUUGUAAGGCAUAUAAAAAUUUAUAAAGAGAAAGACCCAGGGAUUUUUGCUUGGGAGAUUCGGGAUAAACUUUUAGCUGAUGGCAUUUGCGAUAAAUUUUCAGUCCCUUCUGUGAGUUCAAUCAGCAGGAUUUUAAGAAAUAAGAUCGGAAAUAAUAAUAAUAAUAGUAAUAAUAAUAAUAAUAAUUCUAGUACAUCCAUUCAUACGACUGCUCAAUUUGAAAAUAGAGGGGGUGUGACUCCUAAUACAACACCACCCGCUGCUGCUUUGUAUAAUCCACAUCAGUUCUAUUCAUAUACUUGUCCAGGAGGCCAGGGAAUAUCUUCCCUCCCUGGCGUACCAGCCCCGCAAAUUUCGACCCAUUCUCAAGCCGCCUCUGCGCAUAAUGUUAGCUUUAAGCAGAAUUCAAUGUCGUCUGUUGCUCCGUGUAUGAUGAGAGCCUGGCCAUCAUCUCAUUCUGUAAGCGAUAUUUUGGGAAUUAACGUACGUCAGCCGUUGUCCAUGGCACAAUCAGGCCCUCCGGCACAUAUGGAGACAGCACUUGCUCAAAAUUAUAACUAUUAUGGAGUUAAUAUUAAAGCGACAGCAGUAUCACCAAUGUUUUUGCAAAGUUGAAAUAAAAAAUAAUUUUUAAAUGCAUUAAAAUUCAUAAAACUAUGUGGGGAAAACGAUUUAUAAAAGAGUUUCCGUGAUUCAUUUCAAAAAAAGUAAAGUGUUUACGGUUUUGAUUUUCAAGGAAAACAAUUUUUUUUAAAACAGUUAUAUAACAAGGAUUUCAAGAGUGAGUUAAAAAACAGAAAAGUUACUUUUAAAAACUGCUAAAACGCAGUUAUCUUUCGGGGAAAAUAGACAAAACUUAUAAAAGAGGGAUUCCUUCAUUGAUUUUAAUAAAGAGAAAAUGGUUUACGACCUUCAUAUUCAAGGAAAACAAAAAAAAAAUUAUGUAACAAACGUGUCAUUACUGAUUUAAAAAUAGAAAAGUUACGUUUAAAAACUGCUAUAAAACGCAAUUGGUUUUUAAGAGAAAUAGAAAAAAAACGGCUAUAAUGAAAAACGAAAAAACCAUAGCCUAAAACGCAUUUUAAAAUAUGUUUUUAAAAUCUUAAAUGAUUUGUAUAAAAGGUUCGCAAGGAAAAAUAGGCGCACUUCUCUUUGUUAAAAGGUUUUUUAUCGCAAUGAUUUUUUUAAAUCAAAAAGUGAAUACUUACGUUUAAGAACUGCUAUAACGCGCAGUUGGCUUUCUUGAAAAAUAGAAAAAAGUAUGAGAAACAGGGAUUCAAUGAUUGAGUUUAUGGUUUAGACUUUCAAAGUAAAACAAAAAAACUGUUAAGAUUGUUAUACAACAAAAUAUUCUUUGAUUUAAAAGCAGAAAAGCGUUUAUGGCUUUAACAUUCAAGAAAAUAGAAAAACUUUUAUAAAACAAGUAUUUCAAGAUUGAUUUUUAAAUAGUAAAGCGUUUAUGAUCUUGCUUUAUAAGGGAAAACAAAAAAAAAACUCUUAUCAGACCCCAUUUAAAAGGAAAAAAAUUCAGGAAAAUUUGUGUGUUUUAAAAAAUUUUGAUCAGAAAAUUUACCUGGACAAAAACAGAAAACUGAUAUGAAACACGUUUGUUCAAUAAUUGAUAAAAAAAAAGAAAAAAAGAAUUCUGAGAAAUGGUAAUAAAUGAAAACACUGCGAACGUUUAAACAGUUUUUAAUUGACAAGUUGAUAUUUGAGCGCCGUUAUUAAACGAAUAUUAUUAGCAUUUAGAAAAUUGAACAAUUCUGUAAUAAAACAUGCAUACUCCAUAAUUGAUUUAAAAACAAAGGAAGCAUUCUGGAAAACUGUAAUAAUUCAGUUUAAACUUUUAAGGAAAAAAACCGCGUACUUUUAAACAGUAUUUUAAUCGCCGAGAAAAUCUAACAUUUAAUAACAUUGAUAUUAAAUAAAAUAAGCGUUUAGAAAAGAAAAAUAUUUGACUUAUGAAAUACGGAUGUCCAAAUAUAUUUUUAAAAGCAGAAAACUUUCAGAAAAUUUGCUCUAAUAACGUCGUGACAUUCAGGAGAAAAACUGCUGAUUUCUGUUUUUCUAAAAUCAAAAACCAACAGCUAUAUGAUAAAAAGAAAACAAAAGUUCCUCGCAAAAGAAAAAGUACUAAGGUACGGACUUGAGUUCCAGGAGAAAAAAUACAGAAAAGUUGCUACGGUACGAAUUUGAUUUUCUGGGAAAAGAAACAGAAAAAACUCUUUUAAUGAAAAUCAUAUAUCAGUUUUUUUUUUCUCUAAUGUAAAAUCCGAGCUAAAAUUUGCUCCAAUGCAUGUUCAUUUUUUCUGCAAAAAAAAAAAAAAGAAAUGCUAUGAUGUGGGCUGGUCCUUUUAAAAAAAUUAAAACUGCAUUUUAACAAGAAAAAAAGAUUAAGGAAACGGGAAAUGGUUCAUGAAAACACAAAAAGCUUCACAAAGAAGAAAAAGGAGGUACAAAAGUGAGAAAGAAAAG